AAGUGUCUCUUGUCCUUAAUCACUGGACAAAGCAACGGCAAACCUUGAAUCUUGAACUCUUGAUAGACAAGUAAUUAAUGCCAGAAAUGAGUUUUGGACUCAGAUCAAAACAUAUUUUAGCAAGAAUCAACAACUCCAGACGUCCCUUUCUAAGGUUCUGUUGAACUAUUUUCCUUUCUCAAUGGUUCAGCUCUAUCCCAACAACUCCUCAUCUUAAUUCUUAAAUAGGCACUACCAAAUCCAAGAUGCAGAAAACAAUGCAGACUCCAAAAACUGAAAUCCAACGAUCAAGUUUUCAGAGAAGGUCCAUAACCGAUCUGCAUAUCAAUCCAAAAACCUUCCUCCAGCAACUCUUCAGAGAACCAAAGACUCAAGUCACAAAUCACAAGAUGUUCAAGCUGCUACCACAACUUUUCACCACAUUUCUAAUUGCUGUUACCUACAGUGUGACGUACGUGACUGCAAUUGACCCAGCACCAGAAGGAGAAGUCCUCGAGUUAUACAUGCAUGAUAUUCUGGGAGGAAGCAGCCCUACGGCUAGGCCAAUAACUGGCUUGCUAGGGAACAUCUAUAGUGGUCAAGUACCUUUUGCAAAACCUGUAGGAUUCCGACCCCCUCAAGGAGGUGUCCCUAUCCCCAAUGCCAAUGGUGCCAUUCCAACCGUAAAUGGCAUCAAUGGCCUCCCACUAGGAACUGGCUUGGCAGGACGAACUUUUUCUGGACAUCAAAACGACCAAAAUGGUAACCCUCAGAUCCCACUAGGACCUGACGGAUUGGAACUAGGCUUCGGAACAAUCACUGUCAUUGAUGACAUAUUAACAGCCAGUCCUGACUUGGGAUCACAGGUAUUAGGGAAAGCUCAAGGAGUUUAUGUGGCAAGCUCUGCAGAUGGAAGCACACAGAUGUUGGCAUUUACAGCAAUGAUGGAAGGUGGGGAGUAUAAUGACAACCUCAACUUCUAUGGUGUAUACAAGAUUGGAAGCACCAUGUCAUAUUUAUCAGUGACAGGAGGAACAGGAAAGUUUAAGAAUGCUAAUGGAAUUGCCGAGGUUGGAUCUCUUAUACCACCUGGCCAACAGGUCACCGAUGGUGCAGAGACCUUGCUGAGGAUCACUGUCCAUCUAAAAUACUAAGAAUGUUUUCGUUUUUCUACUAUAAAAUCAUACGUCAGUGUGUGUGUGUGUGUGUGUGUGAAAAUGAGUGUGGCCUUUGUUCUGAGAUACCCUGUGAAUGUUCCAACUU